UACUUCAAGAACUGCCUAGAUAAACCCCCCCCCCCCCCCUCCUCUCUCUAUACCCAUAUAUGUGUAUGUAUAAUAUAUAUCUGGUCUAGAACUUUAAAGAGAAACCAAAGUAUUUUUGGAGGAUACAUAUGGCUGAUUCUUCGGCUUCAUACAUUCACAUGGUGCAUCAUCUAAUAGAAGAGUGUUUAGUAUUCAAUAUGAGCAAAGAAGAAUGCAUGGAGGCUCUAUCUAAGCAUGCAAACAUCAUGCCUGCAAUCACUUCUACAGUGUGGAGUGAGCUUGAAAAGGAGAAUAAAGACUUCUUUGAGGCAUACAACAACAAAACAAGGGAUCAUCAAACACACUCGCCUUCUUCUUCUUCAUCUUAAUCAACAUCAACUUAUUGCACCAUAAAUGCCCUAAAUCACUUGUACCUAUUGUUUUAGAGCUUGUAUUAUUCGAUUUUGAUGUUUGAUGUUUAAUAUGAAUAUAUUAUUAGAUGUAAAUCAUUUAAUGUCCCGUUUAAUCGUUUGAAAUAAUGAGCGGAACUAGAGGGGUCCAGAUGUUCCAA